CUGAUAACCAAAGUUUAAGAACCCAAUUUUAAGCUCUACCUCUUAAACCGUUAAGUAAACCUGUGGCGCUUUCAACUGUUUAUAAAAAUGUUAUCUAACAGAACCGCGAGUGUUUUGAAAUGGGGAAGAUGUGAGGCUUUCGCGGCGGUGUACCCCAAGGUUCCAGACCGGGUCCUGAACUUUUCUCCACUGGCUUCCCUUUCUUCUCCCCAUAGAAAUCUUUCUGCAUUCCAGGCGGCACAAAGCGAAGAUCUACAACCGAAGAUGUCCGAGAACGGAGCGUUACCGCUUCGGGGGAAAGUGCUCACCGUUGACACAAUGAACACCAACGUGAAGAAGGUGGACUACGCGGUCCGCGGACCAAUCGUUCAGCGCGCGGUUCAGAUCGAGAAGGAGCUAAAAGAGGGGGUCAAGAAGCCUUUUGAAGAGGUCAUUAAAGCAAACAUCGGAGAUGCUCACGCUAUGGGCCAACGCCCAAUCACAUUUUUCCGACAGGUGAUGGCGUUGUGCACUUAUCCACAGCUGCUUGAUGACAACAAGUUUCCAGAAGAUGCCAAAAAUCGAGCGUGGCGUAUUUUGCAAUCAUGUGGAGGAAACAGCAUUGGUGCGUACACAACCAGUCAGGGCAUUGAUUGUGUGAGGCACGAUGUUGCAAACUACAUACAGCGUCGUGACGGCGGUAUUCCGUCUGAUCCUGAUAACAUCUACCUCACGACGGGAGCCAGUGACGGCAUUGUGACCAUACUAAAGCUGUUGACCACUGGGGAGGGUCGUACACGGACGGGGGUCAUGAUCUCUAUUCCUCAGUACCCUCUUUACUCCGCAUCGUUAGCAGAGCUGGGUGCUGUUCAGAUCAAUUACUACUUGAAUGAGGAGAAGUGCUGGAGUCUAGACAUUAGUGAGCUACAGCGCUCUCUACAGGCAGCCAGGGAGCAUUGCAGCCCCCGUGUACUGUGCAUCAUCAACCCUGGCAACCCCACUGGUCAGGUACAAAGCAGACAAUGUAUCGAAGAUGUAAUCCGAUUUGCAGCCAAAGAAAACCUCUUUCUAAUGGCUGACGAGGUAUAUCAGGACAAUGUGUAUGCAGAGGGCUGUGAGUUUCACUCCUUCAAGAAAGUGCUGUUUGAGAUGGGUCCAGAGUAUUCAAGCAAACUUGAGCUGGCAUCAUUCCACUCCACGUCUAAGUGCUACAUGGGAGAAUGUGGUUUUCGAGGGGGAUACAUGGAGGUUAUCAACAUGGACCCAGAGGUGAAGGCUCAGCUCACCAAGCUGGUCUCAGUGCGUUUGUGCCCGCCUGUACCUGGACAAGCCCUCAUGGAUCUGGUGGUCAACUCCCCUCAGCCUGGAGAACCCUCCUACCAAACUUUCAUCAAGGAAAGAACAGCUGUUCUGAGUGCCUUGGCUGAAAAAGCCAAACUGACCGAAGAGAUUCUGAAUACAGUGCCUGGCAUCAGCUGUAACCCUGUGCAGGGAGCCAUGUACUCUUUUCCCCGUAUCACCCUACCUGAGCGCGCCAUCAACGAAGCCAAGGCAAAGGGCCAGGCUCCAGACAUGUUCUACUGCAUGAAACUUCUGGAGGAGACUGGGAUCUGUCUCGUUCCUGGCAGUGGUUUUGGUCAACAAGAAGGCACUUAUCACUUCAGGAUGACCAUCCUUCCUCCGACAGACAAGCUCAAGAUUAUGCUCAACAAACUGAAGGAAUUCCAUCAGAAAUUCACCCAGCAGUAUUCUUAACCCAGUUCAACUUGACCAGUCACAGCCCUUCUAUCACAACUAAAAAUCUCCACUUAAUGUUUGGUCAGAAUGUGGCCAAAUAAUCACUUGAGCCUUGACGAACACUAAUCUGCACCUUUGCCUUGUUGCUAAAGAUUAAUGGACAUACCAUAAACCUAUAAUUAUGCACUUGAUAGUACUCUUUUAACAUGCAGUGGGUAGAAAUGGCAAGACUUGAUUUCUGAUUGCACAAAAUUUUAACAAAACGAUGAC